UUCUUUUUUCCUUCUUCCCAAACAGAAUCAUCAGCCAGACAAGAUUAAAAACCCUCCUUACUUUCGUCCUCCCUCCCCAAAAUUCUGUCCCCGUCUCACUUUUUUCCUGUUACUUCAUGGAUACCCAAGAACUCAAACAUCGCGUGCAGAGAGAUCAUGAUUCCCCCACCACCGCCAUCUCGCCGGACGACGAUCACAAAAAGGACGACGACGACGACUCUGCUACUGUCGAUAAACGGAAAAAGGAAGAAAAAAGAACGGCUUUGGCCAAACGCGGUCUUAAAUCACUCUCCCUAGCCGUCCUGCUUCCUCUCUCCGUCACCCUCUCCACCACCUACUUAUUCGGGUCGUCAAGAAACGGCGGCUACGGGAAGGACACGACGCCGUUUUGGUUCCCGCCUAUUUGGCUGCUGCAUGCGACGUGCGUGGCGUCGACUUGCUUUAUGAAUCUAUCGGCUUGGCUCAUCUGGGCUGAAGGCGGCUUCCACGAGAAACCCGCCGCCUUCUGGCUUUACUUGGCUCAGCUUGGGUUGACCCUGGCUUGGAGUCCGGUUGUGCUUCGGGUCGGAGCGACUUGGGUCGGGCUGGGGCUGUGCGCGGCUAUGAUAGCGAAUUUGGUCGGGUGUUUCCGGGUGGUUAGACCCAUGAACCCGGUUGCGGCUGAUUUGGUUAAGGCUAGUUUGGCAUGGGCCGCAGUAUUGUCUACAAUAAAUCUGAAGCUUGCUUUUAUGUGAAACAGUAGAAGCGUUCGUCCAAAGUUCUUAGGCCUUGUUUGUUUGGACUUGUUUAAAUUGAAGUUU